CUAGACCAGCUGAGUAACGUACAGCAGAUCACCCUGCUGAAAACGCUCCUUCUAAAUUCUAACUUUUGCGUCAACGAACCGCUGGAUGGCAAUAAUCACCGGAGACGGCACAACUAGGAGCACGAUGGUAAACGAAAGGAGAGACGGUCAAAUUAACUAGCAGAUUGACCAGUACCUGCUACCUGACGAAGGUAAUUAGCUAGAAAGCAGGGUUCAGAUCCUCUCAACACGCAGUUUACAACCACCCAGAAAUUGUUGUCCGUCAGCGCAGGUUCACAGGUUGGAUGGAAUGAUCAAUUUGAACAAAAUAGCGGUUCCGGAAUGACAAGAGUCGACGAUGAAUGCUGGUGCUUACUGCGUGGACAAAUAACAUAAAUGUAAUUCUGUCAAAAAUGCGAUAAUAAUGCAAAAUCUAAUAUAGUUUCAAGAAACCGCCAAAAACCUGCAAAAAAAAGUUUUUAUUCACGUAUAUUUACCCAACGAGGUUCACCGAGUUGGAUAAAUGUACGACUCGCUCUGAAAAAAUCAAGUUUUUUGCAAUUCAAAAAAACACCCUGUGAAUGGAAUUAUAAGUGAAAUGUUCAUGUAGUUUUUUCAAUUAAAUAAAAAAAUAACAGUAUUACUUUUCGAAAUAAGUGCUGAAAAGUUCACUAGAACUUUUCAGCAUUUAUUUUGAAAAGUGUUACUAUUUGAUUCUGUUUCUUUUGGUAGAGAAAAGUAGGCAUAAUGACAGGCAAAGUAAGUAGUGUCGCGACGGAAUUGCAAAAAGACAAUUUCAAAACAACGCUGAAUAGAGAACACCAAAUUAAAUAGAAAUGCAGAGCAGUUCAUAAAAUUUCAUGUUCUUGUAUGUUUUUAUUCCUGUUAAUAAAAAAAUAUGUUAAAUGAAAAGAAUAAUGCUACUUUUAUUCAUUUUAUUUAUACAAUAAUUGCAUCAAAAUACUUUUUGAGGCCCCGAAUCCCCUACAGGAACUGGGGAUGGUCUCGAACGUAAAGAUGUGGGUUUUGUUUGUUGGCAAGACUUGUAAACGGAACCAUUCCGACCAUGCCGGACAACAUCACGAAACGUGCCUCGAAAGGUGCACUUUUCCACCGUUUAGACCCUACAACGUUGUCAAUCAAAUAUCGAAUAUUGGUCAAAAUGUAAUCUUUGGCGCACUGCACGCGUACGCUAACGGUUAACAGUUUCUAUCACAAAGAUGCUCAGCCCCAAAAGUCUGGACACGAUCAAAACUUUAAUCCGGUGUUGAUCCGUAACAGGUUACCAGUGUGGGAAACUAGAUCCAGCACCGUCUUCAACAGGACGCCGUUCAGGUUUAAGCAUGUCGCGAUGGAGACGAUUCCCUCCUCGAUGCUUUUGGCAGUCGAACAAUCGACCGGAUCGAGCAAAAUGAUACGGACUUGCCAGACCGACGACCUUGGCCCUGUUCACCGGCUUGGAAUGGCCAUGCAUAUCCUGUCGCUCGACAUCUUCUUCCGCUCGGUGUACUCGGUCAUGACCAUUCUGGAAAGAGAUUUUUUGAAUUAAAAGAUUGUUUUGGUAAUUUUCAAAACGAUUCCACAAACCAGACUUGAAGCAGUUAGUACAUAGAUUUUUCAAGUCCAUGUUAAAGAUCAGCAUCAGAUGAACAGCAAAAUCACGACCUGUGGCUGUUGACGGCACUUGUUGAUGGUCAUCUUGUUCUAGGCUUUCCGCUCGUUGCUGGCUACCGUCCGUGUAAUUUUUUGCCAAGUCGUAAUCGUCUCCCUGCUCGGAAAAUUUAAAUCGACUUGAUGCAUUGCGUGGCCGCGAACCCGCCCAAAAUCAUCCUUAUUGUUGCGUCAUGGAUUUGUAAACAGUUGACCGAGAUUUGGACAAGCUAAGUAGUUUUCCGACGAGAUCUGUAAUAAAAAUUAAGCAGGAAAAAAACGAACAAAUAAUGAGCUGUCACCGUACCGGAAACUCGAAAAAAAACUUACCUUAACACAAGUUAUUCAGCUUUACAACAUUAAAACACUUAAAAACGGCAAAAAGCAAAAAAAAAACAACCACAAUUUUCAAAACACGAAGAGUUCUAUGCGUACUCUGCAAAAUAUUAUUUCUAGAGUACUUUUUCAAAAGGUCCUAUGCGCCAAAAGUAAACAAACUGAGUUAGUUAUUGCAUUAUAUUCUGUGUACUCAAAACUAUACUAUCUGCUAACCCGAUUUCUUGAAACUCUUUUAUUUUAAAAUAUAUUAUUUAUCUACAAAACAACCUACAACUAUUCCUAGUAAAUUUCAAACUAAAUGGUUAUAGGUCAUAUUACCAACUUAUUGUUCUAUGUGCAUUCCAGUCCAACGUGUACAUAGAACUGUAGCAAAUCGACCUAUGAGCAAUUAUAAAUAUAUUUUAAUCAUCAUACACAUACGCUCUCAUCAAAAUGACCUAUGUUAAAAAUAAAAUGAAUAUUUAAAAAAUAAAUUAUACGUCGAUUUUGUAUGAAACAGAAUCAUUAAAAAUUUUAAAAUCUUCAAUGUAUGUACAAUGUAUCCGAUUCUCGCGAAGAGUGUAGUCAUAAGCCAGGAGAGAGCAUGAAAUGUUUCAAUGCUGCCAAAGCCGAAGGGAAUAGCGCAAAACGACCUAACCGCCCUCUCUCGAAUUUGACAGAUUGAACGCGAGCAUAAAUUGGAUUGAACAAAAAAGCAUAAUUUUUGUUUUGACAUUAGUGAGAAUUGCUCUGUGGUUUGCACACGUGUUAUUUCAGUUUGUAAGAAAUCCUCUAAACAAUGUCCAAAUUGCAGUUACUUCUCGAUGCUGCUAAGCUUUUGAGCGAAGAAGACUCCGUGAAGUCAAGCGGUAAAACAACAAGAAAUCUGGGUUCAUUUUGGAUUUGAACCUUAGUGUCGGCUCCGGUACUUCUCGGCCGUCAUUUACCGGCGGAAGAUCUUUUGCGGAAGUCUCCCGGUCCUCUACAAGCAGCGGGAGAUCUCGGUUGUCCAGGAAUGGAAUUUUCUAUUCUGCUUCAACUGAACCGCAACCUCCGAAUUUAAGCUCAGAUUUGGACUUUCCCAUAUUGACCGUAAAAAAAAGCUCCAGCAAAAUUCGCCCAACAGCUCGUACUCCUCGAAAGACCCUUGUGGAGCUUAACGGACCAAGGCGUCAUCCACAAGGAACCGAGUCCAAGGUAGGUGCCGAAAACCUGGUGUCGGGAACUCAAGGUGUGCAGGUCAAGUUAGCGAAUCGCUGGUCUUCGGCAUCUGUUGAUCAUUUGCAUACAAACGGCGGUUCCGACUCUGGGCUUCCGUUGACAGUUGUGAAAAGUUCGAACAAAAUUCGCCCACCUGCUCGAACUCCUCGAAAGCCUUUGGUUGAGCUGAACGGGUCAAGGUGUCAUCCGCAAGGUACCGAUGCCAAGACAGGUGACCAUUGGAUGCCAUCCGAACGGCCAACUUCGGUACUGCCGUACUUGGAAAACUCAGAGAAGGAAGCGACACCCACAUCAAGUCCUUUGAAGGAACGGAACGAGACGAAACAUCAGAAACAAAAAGAAGAUUCCGGAAAUUUGACCGUGCUUGACAUUACGUUCGGCGAUUUCAACGCGCCAAUCACAUCUACGCCUAAACCACGAAUACCUCAUUUGCUGCGGGACUCGGUCGAUAGUCAAAGAGAAGAAAUUGAGAAUUUUCCAGCAGUUUCCGUUGAUGAAAUGGACGACAGCUCGCUGAAACCUUCUAUCGCAGAUCGGUGGUCAUUUGCAGGAUGGGCAGGCCACGACCCGAGACCAGAUGUCCAAUCCCUUACAGUUUGCAUCCCGAUGGAAGGUCCAGCUGGAGCGUUCCCCGGCGCAAUCGAUCUUUCGGUCCAAACACGAUCUGGAAAGGAAUUGUUGGAUCGUCCAGUUCCGGCACCGGCCGUUUUGCGUUCCACUGAGGGUAAACCGCAGCCGAAGUCGACGGAAAUGUCGACAACCCCCCCUUCGUCUCGGGAAACACCGACUGAUCGAAGUUUUCAACAGACGCCGCAGGAUCAUCGUAAUCUGAUAUCCUCGGUGCAUCAACGUCCGGAUCCGGAUCGCGCUAAACCGCAGCCGAAGUUGACGGAAACGUCGGCAAGCUCUCCUUCGCCUCGGAAAACACCGACUGGUCGAAGUUUUCAACAGACGCCGCAGGAUCGUCGUGAGCCGAUAUCCUCGGUGCAUCAACGUCCGGAUCCGGAUCGCGCUGAACCGCAGCCGAAGUUGACGGAAACGUCGGCCAGCUCUCCUUCGCCUCGGAAAACACCGACUGGUCGAAGUUUUCAACAGACGCCGCAGGAUCAUCGUGAUCCGAUAUCCUCGGUGCAUCAACGUCCGGAUUGCGCUCAUGUCUUAACCGACCGCACCAACUCAAAUACCGCAUCGAGUCCAGCUUCAGCACCGGCCGUUUUGCGUUCCACUGAGGGUAAACCGCAGCCGGAGUCGACGGAAACGUCGACAACCCCCCCUUCGUCUCGGGAAACACCGACUGUUCGAAGUUUUCAACAGACGCCGCAGGAUCAUCGUAAUCCGAUAUCCUCGGUGCAUCAACGUCCGGAUCCGGAUCGCGCUAAACCACAGCCGAAGUUGACGGAAACGUCGGCAAGCCCUCCUUCGCCUCGGAAAACACCGACUGGUCGAAGUUUUCAACAAACGCCGCAGGAUCAUCGUAAUCCGAUAUCCUCGGUGCAUCAACGUCCGGAUCCGAAUCGCGCUAAACCGCAGCCAAAGUUGACGGAAACGUCGGCAAGCUCUCCUUCGCCUCGGAAAACACCGACUGGUCGAAGUUUUCAACAGACGCCGCAGGAUCGUCGUGAGCCGAUAUCCUCGGUGCAUCAACAUCCGGAUCCGGAUCGCGCUAAACCGCAGCCGAAGUCGACGGAAACGUCGACAAGCCCCAGUUCGCCUCGGGAAACACCGGCUAGUCGAAGUCAUCAGGUGACGUUGCCGUAUCUUGAAGUCAACGAUUCACCAUGUGAUGGAGGUGAUCAAAGUAUGGACGAGAGUGACGCAGGCUCGGGUGAAGAUUACUCCAGCGGUAGUGGCGAAGAAUGGGAGCCAAACAGCGAAGACGAAGAUGAUCCAGCAGAUAAAUUGAACGAUACUUCAUUCCUCAACGAUUGUACGAUUCGAGAAUACUUCGAGCCCUUCAAAAACUUUAUGCCGGAUGAUGAGGAACCUGCCAAACACAAAAACGGCUCGCAGAAGUAUACCCGAAAAGGAGUGCGAGCAGCAAGAGAACGAGGCACCGGAUAUGUUCGCCGAAACGGCACUGUGGUCCCGGGUAGGAAGCUGAAAGCUCCCUGCAGUUGUUCCAGAUCUUGUGGCGAAAAGUUUACAGAAGAAGUGAGAACGGAAAUGUUCGUUAACUUACUACAGAUGAAGAGAACCAGCCAGCAUCAAUUUUUGGCAUGCCAUGUCGCAGUGACAAAAUCAAAGCGUACUCGAGUAAGUAAAUACACACACACACGGGGGGUGGGGGCGGGGGGUUUGGUGGGUAGCGGAGCAUAUGUCCCCAUUCUAGGUCAACAAAAUUAG